AUGUCUCUCGCAGGGUUAUGUGCAGGACAGUCAGCGCUGGCUGCAUCGACGGCCCGACCUCUUCGCCGCGCACAUAUCCCCCUCGGCCAAGUCAACGGACUGGCGCGUUUGGCUUACCGCCAAUGGAGGGGAUUCAAGAGCACAGCUCGCUCGGCGGAGAGAAACACCUCGCUGGCAAGAAGCGAAUCGACGACCCCCAGGCCAGGCCAGAAGCGCGAUGCCCUUUCGGAAAUCGCCUUUGCGUUUGACAUCGACGGCGUGUUGUACCGCGGCGGGCAGGCCAUACCCGGCGCUCGGGACAUGCUGCGCAGCAUACGCUCCCAGCACGUCCGCUAUCUCUUCCUCACCAAUGGCGGAGGCGCUCACGAGGACGCCAAGGCGGCUUCGUUGACGAAGCGCCUGGGGCUGUCGGCAGGCGAGGACGUCAUCCGGAACAGGGUCGUCCUAUCGCACACGCCUAUGCGCGGAUGGGCAGAUGAAGCGAAGAACCAGACGGUCUUGAUAACGGGGUCGCAUCCCGAGACGGCGCGACAAGUCGCCAACGAAUAUGGCUUUUCACGAGCCGUCACGCCGGCAGACUUGAUUCACGACAACGACAGCCUCUACCCGUUUGACACCUUGAAGGACUCGCUUCACUCUCGCUUCAGGCCCUUGCCGUCGGGCAAAUCCGCCUCGGCGGUUCAAGAUGCCUACUGCAAGGAAGUGCCCAGUGACGCUCUGAAGAUUGACAAGAUCCUGGUGUGGAACGACCCCAGGGACUGGUCGCUGGAUAUCCAGGUGGUCCAUGAUCUUCUGGUCUCGCACAAGGGCUACCUGGGCACGAUUUCCGACAAGAACGGCGACGGCUCGCUGCCGAACCAAGGAUGGCAGCAGGAUGGCCAGCCCGAGCUGUGGAUCUCCAACCUCGACCUCGUCUGGAAGACCGAAUACCCCGUCAACAGAUUCGGCACGGGGGCUUUCGUCGACGCCCUACGGGGGGUGUGGGCGGCCGUCACCAACGGCGCCGAGCUCCAGUAUCGGGCGCUCGGCAAACCCUCGUUCUUUACCUACGACUACGCGCACAAAAGACUACUUGCUCAGAGCCGCGGCGGUGCCCCCCUGCGGCGCGUCUACAUGAUUGGCGACAACCCCGAGAGCGACAUACGGGGUGCCAAUGAGUUUGCUCCUGACGACGGGACGGAAUGGGUGUCGAUAUUGGUGCGGACAGGCGUCUGGAAGGAGACGCCGGCCGAGAAGGAACCGCGGUACAGGCCGGCGGUGAUUGUGGACGAUGUUGUCGACGCGGUGGUCUGGGCGCUGCGGAACGAAGGCGUGGACGCGUCGCGAAGCUGGUUGCUGAGCAGUGGCAGGGCGGCGGCGGCAGCUGCUGGGGACGGUUCCAGAUAG